AUGAGCCAGUCUGUCUUGAAAUUGACCAUGUUCUGUGAAGCCGCCUGUGUCACCUAUAAAUUAUUAAACAAUAGCAACCAACUACAACUGCAACCAUUCAGCUCAGGGGCCGGUAGUCAACAACAACAACUGCCAGUAAUCGAUGGACACGGCUACUCUUCCUACCAACAACAACAGCAACAGCAACGGCCUUUUUAUGCCUUUGCCACGCCGACCCCGACGUUAACGCCAACCGACGACCCAACAAUGCAGGUGCAGAUACCGGCUGUCGUGUGCGAGAAGCGGCCCAUGAGGUUACAGAGCUAUCUCCUCGACGACGAAGAGGCCGAGUUGCUCGCUCUGCAGAUCGUGGGCGCAAUCGCGGAAAAGCUCAGCUGCAUCACGUUUACCCUGCAGGCCUGGGAGUUUGAGUUUGAGAAUGAGAGGGAUGCAUUUAGUAGAGGGUCUGCUGGGCCGAUCUCGAGAGUGUCUGUUGAGGGUAUUCAGGCUCGUGUGGGGGUUUUGAGGAGGAAUCUUAGGUCGGAGGGGAAUAGGCAGUCUCAUACUUCUGAUAAUGUUGGGAUAUUGUAA